CCUUUAUCGUCGAGACUGUUUACGUCGCAAAACUGCAACGCGAAAUGUCGGGAGAUCGACGAGAUCCAUGGCGUUGUCGUUGCGUGCCUCUCGCAAUUCGGGAAUUACGCGUGUCGGAUCAUCCGAUCUUCUUUUCUGCUCCGCGAAAGUACCGUUUGAUAAAACGAGAACUCGCCGCGAAACUCUCUGUAUCGCUCUUUGUAUCUCGGCCGCCGAUAAGCCCGAUCGUAUGUUUUUCUGAGUUUGUGGUAAAUCGGAUCGAUCGGCACGGCACGACACGGCACGGAAUACGCCGAAUUGUCGCACGCUGUAUCGUGAACGGAACGCGUUCACUGCAAAACAUCGUGUCAUCGCGGAUAAGCGCGACGACACAACGACGACGGCGGAUGAUGCAAAUGUAUGAUAGCGCGGGGCCACGAAGCACGCGAAUCCUCCCGAAUCGGAUGAUUCCACGGACGAGAUUCCGCGUUCUCCUGCCUCAUAUCGCGUUCAGACAUAUGUUGCAAUUGUGCGCACACGAUAUACAUUUUGCGUGUACAGGACUAGUUUUUCUUUCCGCCGACUGGCAAACUUUCUCAUUUAUUUUCGGACGCGUGUGUGAUUGUAUGCGCGAGGUUCUCUAGAUCCUUGGGAUCUGCGUAUUUUCCUCGGCCAAGAAUCGAUUGGCCAAAUUGUGGAUGUGGAUCAAUGUCGAGCGUAAAAGUUUAAUAGCGGUCGAUACGCGACCUCAGACAUUGGGCAAGCCGUGUCACUUUAAGGCUUCAUCAAUACAGCAACAUGGCUACAUAAGAAUCACGUGAGGCACGGGAACCAGCCCAUCAUGCAAGGCGUCCCAUGAACGCAUUUCUGAUUUUUUGUAAGAGGCAUCGCGGCUCGGUGCGAUCUGGCUUUCCACAUUUAGAAAACAGAGCUGUUACAAGGGUCUUGGGCGAGUGGUGGGCAACCCUUCAUCCUGAUCAAAAACGUUCCUACACAAAUCUCGCACAGGAGUACAAGGAUGCGUUUUUGAAUGCGAAUCCUGACUUCAAGUGGUACAAAUUACCAGCACCUCCGCUACGUACUUUAAAUACUAGGCCUACCAACAAGAAGCAGGAGUCGAGUAGUAGUGGCGCGCAAUCCACAGAUAGUGUCAAAUCUGAAUACGAGUCUUCCGAUUGUACAAAGCCAGACAGACGGGACGGACAAUUAAUUCAACCGGGCAAACUAGCGGACGAGUCGCAAAUUGGUGGGCUCAGUUCUCUGUUUACGCCUCAAAAGACAGAGUCGUCUGAGGAACAGGUGACAGUGAACGGUAUCAUAGCGGAAAAUGACAUUCCGAAGCCACCUAAGAAAAGGUAUACGGAAUCGCCUUUCCAAAGUGAUCAGAAACGAGACUGCAAAGCGGAUCUCUUUGGCGAAAAAAAGAGGAAACGAGCCGAGUCAAAUAACAACGAACAACACGAAACGAUCAUAGAGGAUGAGAAACACGCAAUAAAUCCCUUUGCGGCGACACACACGCAACCGGAGGAGAACAGUUUUCGUAGCGAAAGAACGUGUAAAGGUUUACGUUAUCAGAAAUUUCUUGCUGAACAGAUGAAAAAUAUUGGCCCGUCUGGGCAACAAACUAAACGAAGACGGAUAACUGGCAGUCAUGGAUCUGAUGAACGUCCAAAUGAAAGAAGAAAUUCCAUUUCCUCGAACGUCAGCGAAAAGACAGAUUCUUUGAGCAGUGAGGGAGGAAAUAGCUCUCGCGGAGAGCUGGAACAUCUCGUGGAGAGUGCUGAAGGAAAUAUGGAAGCUUCGAGACCCGAAGAUACGGAAACUGAGGGAGCCGAAGUGGAUUAUGGUCCUUGGACAGCACGUAAAAGAUUUCGAGCCGAAGACUUUAAUUUGGAAAAGAAGAUCGAAGCACUACCCUCAUUGAGCCUGGAGGAGUUUCAAGAGAAGAAGAAGCAGCAACGUACGAAAAAAAAGAAAAUUUUACAAAAGGUCAACUCUUCGGCGAGCAAGAGGCACCAAAAUAAUCCGUCUUCUAGCAGUCAGACAAGCAGCCAGACCCGAAGGAUGAAUGCGACAAAUGUGAGUUCCGAGGAUUUGGAGAAGGCUCACCUCGUUGGAAGCCAGAAACGAAAAGCACGGAAACAAAGCAUAACGCGGAAUGCUGCGGCAAUAAAUUCAGCCAAACAGUCUGAGGAUCAAGAAGCAAAUAAAUCUUGGUGUGCGUCCCCAGAUCUUGAAGCUCUAGAGUGUCUUGCUACGGUUGCCGCCAACAGAACAAAACUCACCAAAAAUAACGCUUAAUUGUGUCACCCAUUAAAUGAGUGGCCAGAUACGCGGCUACGAUAAGGUUGCACUCUGUGAAGACCAAAACUUUAUUAAGUUAUCUCCAUGCAAUUUCCUAUCACCGGGAUUACUACUCUAGUAUAUAUUUCUCCAAGUGCUGUUAUAAACGAUAUCGUCGCGGUAUCGGAAAUGUAUGAUUAUUGUUAAUAUCUCUAUUGUUACAAUCUUUACUAUUAUUAAUAUUAAUCUUGUAUGACUGCUAUCGACCCAUAGUCUAUUCCAUUAUUCAGUAUGCCAGGGACGUUCUUGGAGUAACACAGUUUUAUUGACACGAUAGGAUAAAGAUAACUUUCGGAUAUCUUUCUUUUGUAGCUUAUUUUCCAUGGGAAGUCAUUUUCUGAUUGCCGUUUCGAUUCGAAGCGUACAAUUUUAUUCAGUUUCAUUUCUGUUACUCUUAGUUGUACAUAAAGUAAUGGAGUUGUCUAAUUUUUACGAAUAAUAAUAAAUAUUUUAUCAUGCCUUACUAAGCCCGCAACAAUAUUCUUAAUAGUCUACGAUUUUCUUCCUCUUUGUCAAAUCUAUCUAGAGUCUUUGUGAACAUUUUUAUGGAAAUUCUAUGAAUCACGAUAAUAUAUAUAAUGCCAACAUUGAACCUGAUUAGAUAACACGAACCUGUGUCCAUAUAUCUAUAUCUAUGAAGAUAUAUUGAGUCAGACUUAAAUUAAGAAUUAAAUUAAGAGGAGAAUUAACAGGAGCAAGAACUUGUUUUACAUUGUUAUAUUUUGCACGGAAGAUUUGUAUGUUACUUUUUCUUUUUUUUUGUCAAAGUCAAAUUGGCACAGUCAAGUUGGAGAAUUCAGUGUAAUCGAUUUUUCAUGUAACAUAUUGAGAGGAACUUAGUUUUAUUUCCUGCGUGUAACAGGCGCGAAAACAUAUUUUAUUUUAAUUCUACCAUGUUAUUUUAUCGGCGUUAAUGUACAUAGGUAUAGGUGCAGUAUUAUAUACAAAUGUGCGAGAUGGAAUAUCCUUUAACAUCCAUGCGUUCGCUGAACAUCAAAAAGGGUAUAAUCAAAAUAUGGAUAUAUGCAUACGCGACCAUUGUUUAUAUGUUGUACAUGCGUACAUGCGAAUUAGACGCGUGCUCACACAUGUAAAGUUAAAUGUGUAUAGAUUUUGGACACAUACGCGUGCGCGCUGAUACACGAUAUAUAAAAAAAGGUAUAUCGUGUUUUAUAUUGAAAUAUGCGUGUGUAUAUGUAUAUGUAAUAGAGUGUGUAUAUGCAUGAUAUGUAAUAGAGUGAUAAGACUAUCUACAUAUGUGAAUGUAUAUUUAUAAAAUAUUUAUAUAUCAGCUAUAUAUAUAUCUUACAUACUUAGGGAUAAGACCACGAUGAUGGAUCCGAUGAUGCGACUUUUGCUCUGUUUGAGAAAGUAAGAGACUUGUCUGUGAUUUCGGCUAAAGGAGUUUUUAAUAUUUUAUAUUUUUCUAUUGGUUUUUUCUUUCUUCUCUCCUUCUCUCUCUCUCUCUCUAUCUCUGUUUUUUUCUCUCAUUCUUUCUCUUUAUACAUAUAUAUAUAUAUAUAUAUAACUAACUUCCUAUUUUUCUCAUUUCCUCUUUUUAAACAUGUGUAUAUAAAACUCCUGUAACUACAUACGUUAACAAUUGAAUCUUGUGUGGUGAAAACGUUUGUAAAGUGAUAGGAACAAGCAUGUAACAUUAAUAGGUUUUUCCAUAGCAAAGGAAUGUAUUGAUUGUAUUUCAAAUGUGCCUUGAUGAAAUAUGAACAUAGCGAUUAAACGACCGACCAACAAUAUAUUUUGGAUUCGUUUCGCUCUUCUGACCGCAUUUUGGCUUUUACAUUUGCACCUACCACGGUGUUCGCGACUGUGUUGGUGCAAGAUUUUACACUCGGGCUUAGUUGCCAAUGUAUAAAGAUUAUGGAUGUUUACCGAAUUCAGGGGAGAAUGUUUCGAGUUUUACUGCACAAAACAUCUAUGUACCUAGCUUUAAAAGAAUGUAAUUUACACGAGUCUAUAUACGUGUACAUAUUGUAUACCAUUUAUAUAAAUAAUAAAGAUAUAAUAUUUUGAUGUA